AUGGAGAAUUUUCUACACGUGCAUCCCACACCCGAAUGGCUUCAACGCUACAAGAUGGCAAGUCACAUGGCCUGUGAAGGAGACUUUUGGAUGACGGCAAUGUCUCCCAGUCCACAACUCUAUCUCUCCAAGGAUUCCGUCCUCCAUCUUCGAAUUUCUGCCUAUGUUGCCCUAGAACGAUCAGGAACAGCGUUUCGCUUGAUUAAUUAUCGCAACAACUCCGCACUCGCAUUGAGCGAGAAUGGAGAAUAUGGAUUCGCGUAUCAUUACAAUUGUCGGGGACUGAUCAACAUGCAUCAUGAGAAACUAUCGAUCACCUUCGACAAGGAUAGACAGAUCCUCUUGCGGACAGAGAAACCAAGUUUUGUGAAGAAGGAGAAUGAAUAUUAUAGGCUGACGUCACAUCACUGGACCCAGUGCCGACCAGUUCUCAUGGACUUCUUUGACCGCGACAAGACACCAGAAAUUUUGAAGAAGUCGGGGCCUGACAAGGCUAACGACGAGGCCAAACUGACAGACCUUAUAAAUUCCUCAGUUAUGCAAAAGGAUGCCGGUGUGCUAACAAGUAAGUUGCUCUGGUUUUCAGAAGCAGUAAGAUCCUCAGCGAUUGCUUAGUUUAUCUAGGAGAUGCCCGAAUCGAAACGCGAUUAAACGGUGAUGUCACUCUCUCAUGGAUGUACGGGGAAACUAUAAACUCGCUGAUGGUCUCCCCUCUCACGGGAGGCGUGAGCCUGUCUGCCAGAAACCUUGAGAUCAUUGCCACGGCAAAGAAUGACAUCUACAUUGCUUUUGCAGACUUCUUCGUUCACACGAGGUAAGAGAAAGUCUCUGAGAUGUAUUCAGCUUUAUAGCGAUUUUACUUGAAGAAUUUUCUGUUAAUUUAAAUCUAACGGGACUGUCCUAUGAUGCACUUUUAAGAGAAAGUCGAAAAAUACCACGACAUACGGACUAACAUUUGAGAACAUGAUUGUUGACGUUUUUCCGCCACCUGAGGUAAACAAACUCCAGCCACCUGUAAUACGAUACCGGUAGUAAAGGGGACUUUUACAGGUGGAGUCGAGGAACGUACAGACGACGAAGUCAAGCAGUUGUAUACAAAAAAGCUAUUGGGGAUGCGCGGUUGUACUUUGAAUGGUUGGGAAGUAGUUACCCUAACCCCUAACCCUAACGCCUAACCCUGGCCCCUGACCCUAACCCGAGGCCCUUACCCCAGCCCUAGCCACAAUUCUUACCUUAACCCUUUGACCCUAACCCUUAGCCGCAGACCUAAACCCUAACCCAAAAGCAUUUUGUCAAUCAGGCGGGGCUACAUAACCACAUCUUACUCGAUUUUCCUGGUCAUACUAUAGAGUCUCGCCAAAGAACGGACGCAGUCGAUUUAGACAUUUUCAGCUGUGCUAGGCGCUAACGGUCGCCCAGCUGACAACAAGACCAACUUUACUAAGUGAAUUAUCGGAACUAGUUUGGCGACUUGAAGUUGCUACUGAAAACUACAAAGAAAGGCAAGACUGGAAACCGGUUGGUUUGCAAAAGUGCGAAAGAGGAGCCAGCAGGGUAUCAGAACUGGUCUUCUCCAUCUAUUCGCCUGCCAGAAUAGGUGUCAAAUUUCUAGUGCUCGGUAACUAUUAGGUUCGUGGUUUCUAUGCCAAGAGGGACCACCUUCACUAGUCUCACCUACAUUGUUCUAAUACCUGCUGCGUUCCAAAUUCCAACAGUAGUAGUUUAUCGGUAGCUCAUUAAAGUCAAGGCCAUAUUUUGAAUGUCAGCGUAUUCCCCUUCCCACCGGCCAACCAACUGUCCUGGUGUUUAUGAGCCUUAGAGCGUCUUUCAGUUUAUUCGCGAGGGUAUCUUUGGGCCGUUCCCCUCCCUAAAUAAUGUAAAUUCAACAGUCAUCUUCCCUUUGAAGGUCCCUAUUACCCUUCUUCAGGUGGACUUCAUGCUCCCUUUAUGGCCAAGGGUAGGGCUUAAACUACGGGUGCUGUACACAAGAAAUGUCCGAUUGCAUUGUUCUGAAGGUUUGAAUAGACCCUUCGGCAUUGAGACAGGAUUCUUGGGUAGAGACUGGACCUUAUACUUGUCAGAUGAGAUGACGGAUACAUAGAAAUGUCACCGAAAAAGCCAGUGAGACCUGAAUGUUAAUUUAUGACCGGCCAUACCUCAAUCUCAGACUGAGACUACCAUUUUUAACAGUACUUUUCUAGACAAAACUUUUGCAUUGAUGAGUAUUCGUCGCCAUGCCACCCCGUACGAUCCAAAAUAAAAAAAACGGAAAUUCCCACCUCCUCUAUGGUUGGUAAACGUCAGACCCAAGUCAUUGUCGAUGUAGAUCAGCGAUGUAAGGCAGUAUCGCGGUAAUCACAGAUGCGUGCUGAAAAAACUUCAAUUUAUUAGGGUGUAGGGGGAAUUCAACGAGACAGUUUCUGUUACUCACAUAGUAAGCCCUCGCAUAAGAACACAUAUUCACAAUCCAACAUUGUCCUGUUUCAGAACAUCGAAUAUUUUUUUUGAAAUCAUUGACAUUUUGAUGGCUUUUGUAUUUUAUGGUUGAUAUUUUGAGUUGGGCCUUAGUAUCUCGAUUGUUACUAAUCCUGAAUUUUGUGGUAAAACACGGAGACUAAAAACACUCCUUGCCCGUUUUGAUUAUUCUUGAGAUAGGUGGACCACCCACUACGCGAAGAUGCGUAGUGUUUAAGGUGCCCACACUUGCGAACCAAAACUCUGCAGAUUUAAGAGGUCUAACUUCGUCUUCUUGAGGCUGUAUAGGAUUUUAAAAAAUCUCGAUAGGAGAUUGACGGAAAACCUGCGCUUGGAUCCUCGUUACCACUCCUAGGCUCCGAUGGGACGCAAGUAUCGCUUGAAAGUUCCUUCUACGUACGCGUGUUUAACCUCGGGACCGGAUGGACUUGUGAUAGAGAGACGUUCACAGAUUGGGUUACGGGACCCGUUCGUACCGUUGGGGCUUGGAGCCCAGUAUAGAGUUUCCACAGGCAGUCGCUGGGCGACUUGUAAAUAUAUGCAGAAGGGGACUACCACAAAAGACAAGGGAGACUGGAGUGGCCAUUUCUGCCCUAUUGGCAGUCAUCAGCCACCCUUUCUCAACUCCAGGUUCGGGGGCACCUGCGGUUAAUACGCCCGAUCAUAGCCGAGAGGACAAGAUCCUCGUGGCUCAGUGGUUAGAGCGCUGGAGUUACUAGCACUUUAUAACCAGGAGAACCUGCAUCCGAACCUUGGCCCGAUUCACUUGCAAGUCAUGGUCAUUACUGGAGAUGGCCGUCGUUAAGAAAUGCUCAUUCGUUACCAUAAGGUAUGGGAGAAAAAACAGAAGGUCUAACCUGUCCGUUGCGCAAGGUUGGACAAAAUCGAUAACCACACUGAGCCACGAGAAAUCAUCGGAGACCUUGAUCUGAAAUUGCCUGGCAGAACUCAUUAUCUAGACCACUGAACAUCCUAAAUACACCCUCCGUGGCUCGCAUAUCCCGCCUUUGGCUUAUUUCUUCUCGUCAGCUGGCUAUAUCAAACCUCAGGCUUGGUAGUGAAUAAAAAGUCUUACGACUGAACUACGAACUGAAGAUUUUUCAGCUGAAAUCGGGAUUGUUCGUAGUCGCAUAAAGGUAUCAUCGUAGGUUUAUGCGAUUACAGGGCAAAAUGCGGUCAUUCUCUAUGGCCGCGCAAAUUUGGUCUGGAGUUCCCAUCGACGGGCGAAUAAUAUUGGGCUGUCCGUGAUCGAGAGCCAUUAUUGACGAAGACUGGGAAGAUUGGAAAGGCCAUUUUCGAGCCACUGACCGCUGUUAGCCAGCAACAAUACAUUUCUAGGGCUGGAAUACCCGAGAGCUUAACCAAACUCCAAUUGAGCCUUAAGCAGCACCAGUGAUUGCGAAUUGGUUCACUCAGUGACUCUUGAAAAUACUAAUUCCGUUUUCUUCAGAAGCCAACAAAUGACUGUUAGCAGCGGAGCCAUUUCCAGUCGUGGUGCCUACUCAAAGAGUCAUCCCUGUCUUCUAAAGCUGACAAGCACCACACCAGAAAACCAGAUGUCCGACAUUCGCCAGUUUUGCUCCUAUAUGUAUAAUGAGCACCACAGCCACCAAGGGGCCAACGCGGCCGCAGCUAUGUCCGGUGGAGUUCACCGCCAUGGAGGACAUCAUGAAGCAGGGACAGCACAGAGUGGUCAGUCCCAAGGUGAGACACCAACACCGUCUGCUGGUCGCCCCCUUGAAGACCAACGGCGAUCGCGCCACAGCAGCGAGGACGUAGUCACACUUUCUGAAUCGCCAGCCAAGGAGAACUCGUCCGCUGAGAUGAGGAAGUAG